UGACAGUGAUCGUACUGUAUUAGAAAACAUAUCUUGAGACAAUGGCGCCCGAGCCAAUCAGCACCGCCGACUCUCGCUCUAGCAGCCAUGAGAAAGCACACGACGGGCACAUUGAGGAAUUAGAGAAGGGCGGUCUCUCUUCGCCCGAUGAGAGGGUCGUGGUGACAGAGUUGACCGAGACGGAGCAGAAGGCAACGAUACGGAAGAUUGAUCUGCGGCUUCUCCCGAUCUUGGGACUCAUGUACUCGAUCUCGCUUGUUGACCGGACGAACUUGGGUCUUGCCAUGGUGGCGGGCAUGGAGACCGAUCUGGGUCUCGAUGUCGGUGAUCGAUACACCGUGAUCGUGAUGGUCUUCUUCGUGGCAUACAUCGUCUUUGAAAUCCCCUCCAAUCUCAUCCUCCCCAAAGCCGGCGCCGCCAACUGGCUCGCCUUCCUCGGCGGAUCGUUCGGCGCAAUCCUCAUCGGCAUGGGGUUCACCAAGAGUUGGGGAGCCAUGGCGGUUUGCCGUGCGCUGCUCGGUAUCAUGGAGGGCGGCUUCUUGCCCGGCUGCACGUACCUGAUUUCCUGCUGGUAUACACGGUUCGAGGUCGGCAAGCGGCUAGCGGGCUUCUGGAUCCUGAGCGUGCUCGCGAGCGGGUUUAGCAACAUUUUUGCGUACGUGUUGACGCUGUUGAAAGGGAAACAGGGAUUAAACGGGUGGAGUUGGAUCUUCAUCGUCGAAGGUGCCAUCACCUGCGCGGUCUGUCUCCUCGGGUGGUUCAUCAUUCUCGACUUCCCCUCCAAAUCCGGCAACUUCCUCACCCCCGUGCAGAAGAAAUUCGCCCUCGACCGCCUCGACGCCGACCGUGGCGACGCGGUCGAAGAUGAGAUCACCCUACGCAAAAUCCUCCACCACCUGAAGGACUGGAAGCUCUACAUCUGGGCCUUUAACCUGAUGAGUUCGACGCUACCUGGGUACGCGUACGCAUACUUUCUGCCUAUCAUCCUUAAGCAGGGCAUGGGAUUUAGCACCUCGAAGAGCCAGCUGAUGAGCGCACCCCCCUACAUCCUGGCGGCGUUUAUCACGUUUGCGUCAGGGUGGUUGAGUGAUCGGUACCGGAUCCGUGGGCCGGUGAUCGCGGUUCAUCAGAUCCUGACAGCGGUGGGGAUGCUGAUAACGGCGUUUGCGAAGAAUACCGGGGCGAGAUAUUUUGGUGCAUUCUUGGGCAUCGGGUUCCUGCAGUACUGCGUACCUGCCGUCCUCACCUUCCAGGCGAACAACAUCACGUCGCAUUCGAAGCGGGCGGUCGCAUCGGCGACGUGCAUUAUUGGCGGUGGAGUCGGAGGAAUCAUCGCCAGUGUAGCAUUCAUGGCAUCCGAGUCGCCGGACUAUCAUACCGGCAUCUGGACCACCAUGGGUAUCUCGAUUGCAAGCUGCGUCCUGAUCGCGAUCAUGGAUGUGUACUUCUAUUUCAGGAAUAAGAAGGCCAGGGCGGGUGUAGUGUUGAACGAGGGUAUGACGAACUGGUAUUAUACCCCGUGAUGCGUGAAAUAGGAUUGUCUUUCGUUGGAAUGGUAUGGAGAUGAGACAUAGCAGACUAGGCGACUGGUAAGAAUAUAGCACUUAGGGCAUGACGGUCAGGGCACGGACCGAUACAUAAAGGAAUGAACUUACGUUUAACUUGCUAGCACAUGGACUUUGGGGACAGGUCUAAUGAAUUGGUGAUGGAUAAGGAAUAAGAAGGUCAGGGCGGGCACAGUAGUGAACGAGGGGCUAGCGAACUGGUAUUACCCCGUGAUAUAUGAGAUAGGAUUAUCUUUUGUUGGAAUGGAAGAGAAAUAAGACAUAUACUAGGCUAGGCGACUGGUAUAAAUAUAAUGCUUAGGACACGACGGGUCAAGGAACAGUGACACAGAAA